CGCUCGGGGCAGGGUCCCCGGCGAUGGCCACCAGGAUCGACAAGGAGGCGUGCCGCGAGGCGUACAACCGGGUGCGCGACGACGGCUCUGCGGUCAUCUGGGUGACUUUCAGAUACGACGGCGCCACCAUCGUCCCCGGCGAGCAGGGCGCGGAGUACCAGCACUUCAUCCAGCAGUGCACAGAUGACGUCCGGCUGUUCGCCUUCGUGCGCUUCACCACGGGGGACGCCAUGAGCAAGCGGUCCAAGUUCGCGCUCAUCACGUGGAUCGGCGAGAACGUCAGCGGGCUGCAGCGCGCCAAGACCGGCACGGACAAGACCCUGGUGAAGGAGGUGGUGCAGAAUUUCGCUAAAGAGUUCGUGAUCAGCGAUCGGAAGGAGCUGGAGGAAGAUUUCAUCAAGAGCGAGCUGAAGAAGGCGGGGGGCGCCAACUACGACGCCCAGACGGAGUGAAGCUGCUGCCCUGCGGUCACUGGCAGGGAGUGGCGCUGGCCUCCCCACCCACAGCCCGCCAACCCGCCAGGGAGGGGCAGGCGGUGGGAGGCCACGCCUGCCUUGGUCUGCAGCCCAGAGCCCCUUCUGUGCCCCCUGCUGACCCCGCUGUGCCCUGCCUCACGAUGCUCAUGGAACAUCUUUCUUCGAUUUUCUUUUUCCCCCUCCCUCUUUUCUUUUCCUAGAGAAAAAUCAUUUUGAUGCCGAGGUCAUGCACGUCGCCAGCCCCAGGUGCCUGCCAGGGUGGCCCCGGUCCCUGGUGUCUCUCCUGCGCUCCUCAUCGUCCGCCUGGUCCGAGCACUGAGGACGCGAGUUGCUUCUGGGCCCUACCCUGUGCCAUCUUGGUUUCCUCGGGCCUCUUGCUUCCUACUAGGCUGCUGCUGCCCCGGAGGCUGCUGCAGCCUUCCUGAGCACACACAUCGACCCAUCAGCGGGCACAGACCUCCUGGAAAUGCUCCCGGGCCCUCAUCCCACCCUUGCUCAAAGUUGCAUGGAGACAGUGUUGCUCGGUGGUGAGAGUCUAGGUCUGGCUCUGACCAAGUAAGAAAUGAUAACAUUUGCCUUAAAACAUGCCUGGCAGUAGCUUUGCCAUGGGGUCUGGAACCCCGCCCCCACCCUUGGGGCUGAAAUCUCCCUGGAGUGAGGAGACGGCCGAGGCUAGGGUGACAGAGGGGCAUUUCCAGGCUGACCUCAGGGGCUCCCAGAGGGACAGGACGGAAGUGGGCGCUGCUAGGGAGUGGGGCUCCGGCCUCCCUCCUGCCCACUCCAAGACUGGCUUUGCUGCGUUCGAAGGAAGGUGUAGAUUGGCUUGGUUCCUCGUGAGCACACUUUCUAGGGUUCUUUUUCCUUUAUUCCUUGCUCCUUUCAUUUUGGAAGAAAACUGUACUGUAUGGGAUGUGAAGACCAGCUCUGGCACCAAACAGUUUACAGAAAUAAAUGUGUUUUGUUUUUAAAAAAAAUA